CAUGCCGCGUGCUGCUGCCCGUGCGGUGUUUCUGAAACCUCUAGAAUAUCAGGGCCUCCAUUUAGAAAAAUGUUUCCCACCUUCAGUGUGAAAUCCGUAUAAGGCAAGUGAGUGAUAAAACGACAUUUAUGAGAAAAGCAAAUUAAUAUUUGAGCUGCAUAUUAUGCAUUAAAUGUAAUAGAAAAACCCCGAGUGUUAAAGUACAAGAAAAAUAUUUGAUAUAAUAGUUUAAUUGUAAUAAUAACUGUAUUAUUGCUAAAGUUAGGAACCAGCAUUCACCUUUUGACUCAAUGGCAAAUCCGUGGAGCAAAGUUUUAACUCCUGCGACCGACAGUUUGCUUCACCCAGCACACGUUAUCGCUUUUGCUGACAGACGACAAAGAGCGAACGAUAAAAGCGGGACGUUACAGAAGAAAACCAAAAAGACGUAUGCGUUGAGGGAGAAAGAUUUUGUCACCUACAACUACACAGAAGGGAGGGGAUGUGAGGACGACAAUACGCUCUCCAACAUCCUGGUGAGGGCCAUGCAGCGGAAGACCAAGAGGAAGGAGAUCGAUGAGGCAAUGAAAAUGAAGCGGCUACAGGAGACUAAAAUGAAGGCUGAAGAAGAAAAAAGACGUUGUCAGGAAGCAAAAUUUAGACAAGAAAGCAAACUUCGCGAAAUGAAAGAGAUGCAUCAGCUAAAAAUACUAAAGGAGGAACAAUGGAGGGCAAGGGAGGCCAGACAAGCAAGGAACAAUAAACUUGCGGACACAUUCAAUAAAACACGGCUCUUGCGUGACUCCUUCAGAGGUUUUAGGAAACUCAUAGAGAUGAGUAAAGUCCACAAGAUCAAAGCCAAAAAUCAUUAUAGGGAAAAAAUUCUUCAAAGAGUUUUUUCAAAAUUAUUGAUUCACAGCUCUAAGGAAAUCCAGUGGAGGGAUCAAGUGGCUACACAUUUCUAUGAAGCUUGGCUCCUUCAAAAGUAUUUUGCAAAAUGGAAAGAGGAAAAGACAGAGAAGGAGCUACAGAUGGCGAAGGCCACACGCCAUCACCAGCAGUGUCUCCUGCGGCGAGCCCUGUGGACUUGGCGAUGGAAAGCUCUUGAUCUCAUACUGCAACAUCGAGCUAACUCCUUGCUGGCCUCUCAACACUAUUUCGGGAAACUCCUCGCCUACAGCCUAUUAACUUGGAAGCAUUAUACGAGGACGAAGAGAUCAAGACGAUGGAGAGACGCUGUGGGCACCAACCUCAGAGGGCUUGUUAAAGACAUCGUCCCAGAUUUCUCUCCGUCCUCCUGCUCUGAUGACGACGAUGACAACGAUAGUUUAAAGUGUCCUGACUGGAUGAUGCCAGUGCUAGAUCUAUCUUGA